AACGAAAACAACUCCUGAGCUUCACUUAACGUUAGCUCCUGUGACAUUUAUUUGACAUUUAAAGUAUAUUUAACCAUGGCGGGUUCUGUAUCAGAUGUGGAAGUGUGUAAUUUUGCUUACACGGGACAGUUUGAGAAAUUAAAAGAGUGCAUUCUGUCAGAUAAAUCGCUUGCCUGCAAAACGGACCAGGACCGUAGGACCGCUCUGCACUGGGCUUGUUCUGCUGGACACACCGACAUUGUGGAGUUUCUGCUUGACCUGGGAGUUGAAGUGAAUCUGCAAGAUGAUGCUUUGUGGACGCCUCUUCACAUUGCAGCAUCUGCAGGCAGAGAAGAUAUAGUGACAUCUCUAAUAUCUAAAGGAGCUCAGUUGAAUUCAGUCAAUCAAAAUGGAUGCACCGCUCUUCACUACGCCGCCUCUAAAGACAGAUAUGAGAUCGCACUGCUGUUGUUGGAAAACGGAGCAGACCCCAAUGUCAAGGACAAGUAUGAGUCCACUCCCCUUCACAGAGCGUCUUCAAAGGGCAACCACCGCCUCAUCCAGCUGCUUCUCAAACAGAGCGCCUCGACCAACAUCCAGGACUCACAGGGCAACACAGCACUCCACCUGGCGUGCGAUGAGGAGCGUGUGGAAGCAGCCAAGGUGCUGGUGGAACACGGGGCCAGCAUCUACAUCGAGAACAAGGAGGAGAAGACCCCCCUCCAGCUAGCCAAGGGCGGCCUGGGCAACAUACUUCGUCGUAUUGUGGAGGGAUGAUUCAUUCACUGACCCGCAGGUCAUGCUCCAGCAAGAAACCCCCACCAUCGCAAGUUACAUAAUGAGAAUUCUCAUCCCACUCAGUCCUCCCCGAGCGGCCUGGUGUGACACAUUCAGACUUGUAACAGGUGGAACAUGACGUGGUAGCGGGAAAAAAGUUGACUGUACUGCUUUGUUAUCAGAUCCUCAGAUAGGGCAGUGAAACUGCUCAGACCUUAGACGUCUGAUCUCUCGUGCACCAAGUGCGGUCUAUCCAACUCUGCAGCCUAUUUUCUUAUGAUCUAUUUCUUUUUAAGUUUGAAUCGUUGCAAAAAUGACCAAAUAAAUAUGAGUGUUGUUGUUAAUCAUUCA